AUGUCACUGCCCUCGUGCUUCUGUCCCAGGUGGUGGGAUUCAUUCGUUUUGCCCUGCAUCCCAGCACUCCCAGCGUCUGUGUUCAACUGCCUUCUCAUGCCCUUUCAGGUGGUGGGAUUCAUUCGUUUUGCUCUGCAUCCCAGCACCCCCGAUGACACCGACUGUUACGGUGGGGAUCCUGGCCGGGUAGGAGAUUCCCGUUCAGCCGCAGCUACAGGAGCUUCCAGUAACGAUGCACUCAAUAGCGAGGACAGGGCAGACACAGGCUCAGAGGAGAGGGUGUCAGAGGAUUCUGACGCAGUAAGUGACUCUGCAAGUGUAAAUAAUUCUGGUGAAGAAGCGGAUGCUGGCAGUGAUGGAGCACUCAAUAGCGAGGACAGGGAGUGGGCCUCAGAAGGUUCUGGUGCAGCAGCAGGUGCUGCGAAGUCCAGAGACAGCAAAAGUCAACAGCCGCCCAGCCGGCGAAAGCUGGGCGGCAAAGAGAGGAGACAUGCGAUGUUGGCCGGCAAAGGGAAGCACGAAGGGGGAAGGGAGGGGAAGGAGGGGGGUAAAGCGGCGGAAGGCGGAGUGGGGGAGGUUGGGGUGAAGGGGAGUGUGAGGGGAGAGGCAGCCAGGUGGAGGAAGGAGCACGCAGAGAGAAUGGUGUCACCGCUGCAACUGGCGUUUGCACGCGAGGAAACAGAGGCACUGAAGGCAGCACAGGGCAUGAGAUGGACGUACUCCCUCUCACACAUGCCUCAACCAGACGGUCAAGAGAACAACCAGGGCAAGCAGGGCAACCAGCGCAACACACCCGCGCCCUACCACCUCCCUCCAAACGUCGCCAUCGUGUCAGUGCAGGAGCUUGCACCCAAUGAGGUGACAGUCCGAUUUGCACACCUGUACGAGGCCAGGGAGCAUCCCCAGCUGUCCAACCUAGCCUCUGUCCAUCUCCCCUCGCUCUUCGCCUCACGAAAGAUCAAGGGAGUAACCGAGCUGAAUCUUUUCGCAAGCCAGAAGCGAUCCGAGAUGCGUCCACCAUUGGAGUGGCAUGUGGAGGGAGAUGCUGCUGGUGGACAUGGCAGGCCGAGGGAGGGGAGAGGAGCGGCCGUGAUCCCGCCCGUUAUCAAUGUUUCCCGUCACUGGAUCCCUCUCGCCACAUCCCUCUCGUCGCCUCGCCACAUCCCUCUCGUCGCCUCGCCACAUCCCUCUCAUCUCCCCGUCCCUCCGUCGUUCGAUCCCUUUCGGCUCCACAUCCCUUCCGUCGACACCACUCUCUCGUCGCUCUCUCUCUCCCGUCGUUCGAACCCUCCCUUCAGUGAUCUUUCCCGUCUCCCUCCUCCUCACUUACCUUCCCCCUUCCCCCCAGAUACCACCUCCUCCACUAGUACCUUCGUCCUGCCGGUCGCCCUACUUUCCCUUGCCGGUCGCCCUACGUCCCCCCACCCGCAGCCCUCGCUUCCCCUCCCGUCGCCCUCGGCGUCGCCCACGCGCCCCAUGCGUCGCCCUCGCUUCGCGUCCCGUCGCCCUCGCUUCUCAUCCAUCGCGUUCCCCGUCCUCCUCACUUCCCCUGCCCGUCGCCGCUCCCCGUCGCCCUCGCUUUCCCCUGCUGUUUCCCUCGCGCCCCCGCCCAGCGCCUUCCCCGUCGCCCUCACUUCCGCUGCCCGUCUUCCUUGCUUCCGCUGCCCGUCUUCCUUGCUUCCGCUGCCCGUCUCCCUUGCUUCCCCUGCCCGUCUUCCUUGCUUCCCCUGCCUGUCGCCCUACUUUCCCCUGUCCGUCCCCCUCGCUUCCCGUCCCAUCGCCAUCCCCGCCCCCCUCGCUUUCCCUCCCCGUCGCCUCGCUUCCCUUCCCAAAGCCAUUCCCGUCGCCGACGCUUCCCCUCACAUCACCACAUACCUCCAUACACUUCACCACGCAUCUCUGCCAUUCAUUCGCUCACACACCCGCCUACUUCCCCACACGUACCGCCCUCCCUCCUUCCCGUCGCCCUCGCUUCCCCUUGAAGUGAGAGAAGGGGGCAUGGGAGGGCCAGUCGCCCUCGCUUCCCCUGCCCGUCUCCCUCCUCCCCCCACUCACCACACACUUCCCUCGCAUACUGCCCCCCAACCCACCAGUUGCACCCUUCUGUGUCCCCGCUUACUGCCUUCCUUCCCCCACGAACCCCCCUCCCGGCCCCCAACUUACCAUCCUCCUUCCCUCCUCAUUUCCCUCACACUCUCUCUCCUCCCUUCCCUCUUUGCCUAUCUUCUCCCUUCCCUCUACAUUUCUCUCACCCACCCUAUCUCCCUGCCUCCUACCUUUUAUUGCACCCCCCUAUCUUCCACCCUCCCUAUAUUCCACCCUCCCUAUCUGCCACCCUUCCUUUUUCCCAACCACCCUAUCUCCCACCCUUCCUUCAUCCCACCCUCCCUUUUCCCACCCUCCCUUUCUCUCACCCUCCCUUUUCUCCCACCCUCCCUCUCUACCACCAUAUUUCCCACCCUCCCUUCUCACUGCCUCCAUAUCUCCCUGCUUCCUAUCUUUGACCCACCAAAUAUCGUGCUCAAUUCCAUAUUUCUCUAUCUUCCUAUUUCCAUAUGUCCCUCCCUAUACCCGUUCCUUCCAGAAGUGAUGGGCUUACUGUGCUAG